CUUUGUUUUAUUUGCUCUGCCCGUGCGCGGUGUGCCUCCAAACCCUCGGUACUCCGGCCGCUUGCUCUGCUCGCGCGCGAUCGCUCUCCUCGUAAAGGAGAAACGAUGGUGGAUUUGAUCGAGUUCUGUGGCAGCUGCUCGCUGCGGAGGCUUCAAAAUCCCGUGUUGGCUCCGGUUCGCUUCAGGAACCCCGCUCGAGCACCUGCGCGCGCACUUGGCUUCCCGCGUCCCGGUGCGGGGAAGGCUCGCGCUCCUCGCCGCUGCACAAUUAUUGCGGAGUCCGUGGAGGGGGAGGUGUUUUCUGUGACGUCCUCGAGCAAGUCGGAUGUGGAUUACUUGGGGGAGAGCACGAAAGGGGAUCUGAAUGUGAAUGAGGAGCAUCUCGACGCUUUUGGUUUUGAUGGUCAAGCUGACUUAGAUGGCCCGAUUGGAGAGAUAGCAAGAAUUGAAGCUAAAGAAGCUGAAUGCUCACUUAAUGCUUUGGGAAUUGUGGAUCCUUUCUCAUUAAGAAACUCUCCAUGUGGCAUUUUCUGCAGCAGGACUUUAAAUCUCAGAUCAAUCAGUGCAAUAGGUUAUGACAUGGACUACACAUUAAUUCACUAUAAUGUAAUGGCUUGGGAAGGGCGUGCGUAUGAUUAUGGAAUGGCCAACCUUAGAAGCAUGGGCUUUCCAAUUGAUGGUCUCGAGUUUGAUCCAAACAUGGUUAUUAGAGGUCUGGUCAUGGAUAAAGAAAGAGGAAACUUGGUUAAAGCCGAUCGAUUUGGUUAUGUGAAGAGAGCAAUGCAUGGUACCAAAAUGCUCUCAACACGAGCUAUUAGUGAGAUUUACGGGAGAGAACUGGUUGAUCUGCGAAAGGAAAGCCGCUGGGAGUUCCUUAACACCUUUUUCUCUGUUUCAGAAGCUGUGAUGUUCAUGCAGAUGGUUGACAGAUUGGAUCAAGGAGCAAUGCCAGCAGAACUUGGGCCACUUGAUUAUAAGGGGAUCCAGAAGGCUGUUGCUAAGGCCCUUUUCAGAGCACAUGUUGAAGGUCAGCUUAAGAGUGAGAUAAUGGCAGAACCUGAACGAUUUGUAGAGCCUGAUCCUGAACUUCCUCUGGCUCUUUUAGAUCAAAAGGAGGCUGGUAAGAAAUUGUUAUUGAUUACCAACUCCGACUACCAUUAUACAAAUAAAAUGAUGCAGCAUGCCUUCAAUAGGUUUCUUCCUAAUGAUAUGGGUUGGCGAGACCUUUUUGAAAUGGUUCUAGUGUCUGCAAGGAAGCCAGAAUUUUUUCAAAUGUCUCAACCCUUAUAUGAGGUUGUAACAAGUGAUGGAUUAAUGCGUCCCUGUUUUAAAGCAAAGUCAGGUGGCUUGUACUCUGGUGGAAGUGCUCAGAUGGUAGAGAAAUCCCUUGAUGUACAUGGUGAUGAGAUCUUAUAUGUUGGCGAUCAUAUCUAUACAGAUGUAAGCCAAUCAAAAGUUCAUUUGAGAUGGCGGACAGCAUUGAUCUGUCGAGAAUUAGAAGAUGAGUAUAAUGCAUUGAUCCAUAGUCGAAGCCACAAAGAAGAACUAAUAGAACUUAUAGAGCAGAAAGAAACAGUAGGAGAUCUAUUUAAUCAGCUACGCCUUGCAUUGCAACGCCGAACGAAAGGUCGCCCGGCACAGACUCGUGCUGCAAAUAAUAUGGAUGACCAAGAACUGACAGAAAGCAUGCAGAAACUGCUGAUUCUUAUGAAAAGACUAGAUCAGAAAAUUGCACCAAUGUUGGAAGCAGAUGGAGAACUCUUUAAUAAAAGGUGGGGUUAUCUCUCACGUGCCGGCUUGUGGGAUAAGAGUCACCUUACAAGACAAAUUGAAAAGUAUGCAGAUAUUUAUACAUCCAGGGUUUCAAAUUUUCUCCACUAUACACCAUUCAUGUAUUUCCGCUCACAAGAACAGACACUCGCGCACGAUUCACUCACAUUCUCCUCUACGGGUAUUAACGGAGUUGCAAUGGAUUAUGCGGCCUGACUCAAAUCAAAGUUACUUCUAUACAUUAUUUACUUGUGACCAUGGAAUGUAAGUUGAGGAGUCUAACCUCAUAUUGCAACAAUAAAAGAGGUUGGAAAUUAUCGAUGACUUCUGUACAUGCAUCCUUACAAGAAUGUAAGAACGUGGCAUUUGGAGAGAAGAAACAUUUGAUACAUUCUCACCACUAUGCAGUAUCUGAUUCUUUGCAGUUCGUAUGAUUAUUAGCCAUGGUUGCAAACUUGACCUGUAAAUUGAAAUACUACAGACAGAAGCCAGAACUCAACUCUAUAUAUCUACUAAAGUGGAUGCUUUUUCUUGGGGAUUCA